AUGACACAAGAUAGGAAGAUAAGCGUUGCGUUUGUGUGUCUGGGGAACAUUUGCCGUUCGCCAAUGGCCGAGGCAGUGUUCCGACACACCGUGAAACAGAAAGGAUUAAGUGAUCGCUUCGAGAGGAUCACAUCAUUCGGGACGGCCGGGUAUCAUAUCGGCGAAGAACCUGAUAGCAGAUCCGUUUCAACUUGUCGUAAACAUAAAGUUCCCGUCGACCACCUCGCCCAGCAGAUUAAACCCAAACAUUUCAAAGAAUUUGACUAUAUCAUCUGCAUGGAUGACAGUAAUUUCAGCAAUCUGAAACGUAUCGAGCCAGAAGAUAGUAAGAGCCAAGUGUCGCUGUUCGGCGAAUGGAACACAAACAACAAGUACAAUAGGAUAGUCGACGACCCAUACUACGGUGGAAUCGAUGGAUUUGAAUACAAUUUCGAACAAGUUACGUAUUUCAGUGAACAGUUCCUUGCCCAAGAGUUAUAG